AUGGACGACAAUCACUUCAGCAUCUCCCACAAGAAUAGCAACACUGCUGCCGAGAUCUUUAGGGGGAAUGACGGCACUGUACAUCAUUGCCCUCAUUGCGGUUGGGGGGCCUGGGAAAAGCCUCUUGGGUAUCCCUCCGGCAUCGUCUUCGGCGACCGCUUCAUUCAGUUUGGAAACUGGCGUUUGGCGGCCUUCGACGACAAGCAUCUUCUCAGCAUCUCUCACAGACACGGCAAGACAGCCAAGUACUUCACGCUUUUCGGCCACGACUUUGGGGGUAAAAACGGACCGACCGCGGACUUCAAUGCUUGGCACAGGAGCGUCGGACCUCCUUCAGGCAUCACCUUCGGCGAUCGAUUCCUACAGAUCGGCUUUUUCCGCAUUGGAGAUGCUGAUGGAACCAAUCUAGCCAUUACUUUUUGGCCUUGGGGAAACUCUGUCUUCCGCUAUGGAUCAUGGGGCUAUGCGGGCACAUCAGGCAAAAACUCGUUUGGGCCUGCCGUCAAUGCUCGCUAUCCGCAUUGGCAUUGCGGCAGCAUACAGGGAGUCAUGGGCACCUGCACCGGCAUCGUCACAGGUCCGGACUUUCUUCAAAUCGGGGACUGGAGGCUUGCUGCAGAGAACUUCAACACCUUCACCGUGGCGCACAUCGGUGGACAGGCUGGAGUGAGCUUUGCUGCGCCGAGUCUGCUUCAAACCAACAUGUCUGCGGCGGAUUGCGCGAAUGGCAACUCGAAGUACGUGCCGGUGGAUAUGCCGGGCCAAGGUGGAGUUCGUGGCGUAGCUCGUUGGGAAGACUGCCAGCACAGAUGUGCAGGAGUGACCGGCUGUCGGCAUUUCAGCUUCUGGCCGGAUGGCGGCUGCCACUUUCAGGACGGCUCUGCGUAUUUGACACCGGAUCCCGGCGUCGUGUCGGGCCCGCCUAUCUGUAAGGCGGCCAGCGGGUCGGUGUGGGACCGUGAGCCCAAAGCGACGGACCAGAGGGUUCUCUUUGGCGAUCGCUUCGUCCAGAUUGGUGCCUUCCGGCUGGGUGCUGUGGAUGGGGCGCACUUCUCCAUUUCCCACAGGAACGGAGCCACCAUGGUCAUCUAUCGAUCCGCUUAUGCAACGGAUCCCCAUCCAGUACACCCUGGGGUUCGCUGGGACUGGGGCUUGUGGGGGAAGGGGCACUCUUCUAAGAAUCCCGCGCUCUCACCCAUGGGAAUCACCUUCGGCGACCGCUUCGUGCAGAUCGGAAACUUCCGGCUUGGACAAGUGGACAAAGAUCAUUUUUCCGUGGCGCACGCCGGGACCGGCAAGACCCUUCAGGUCUUCCGCAGCAAUGGCCAUCACUUCGGUGGCCCCCGUGACGAUUACACGACGCUGGGCCGGUCUUUGGAGCAGUGCAAGGAGAUGGAGCCGUGA